AUGGAGGUAGCGCAGCCCAAGGACCUGCAGGAAGACUUGGUCCUGGCCAAAAGAAGAUAUGCGGAGCUGGGCAGGCAGAAACGGAUUUUCAACGCCAGGAACAGGAUCAUUGGGGGAGACACCACGGCCUGGGAUGCUCAGGUUUGUGACCAGAACAUAAAAGCAGCAACUGAAAAAGCGAGAGAGGAAACCUUUGCUGCUGAAAUGAGACAAAAUGACAAGAUCGCAUGCAUAUCAGAAAACCGGGAAAGGAGAGAUAGGAAAAAUCUCUGUAAAGCUAUCAGUGAUUUCCAACAGAGCUUUCAGAGGCCGGAAACGCGCCGUGAAUUUCACCUCUCUGACCCCCUAGCCCUUAAGAAAGAUCGUCCAGCCCGGCAGUCAGAUUAUGAUGCUUGGAAUACAAUAUCAGGAAUGCAGAAAUUCAUGGGAGAGGAUUUAAACUUCCAUCUGAGGAAGAAAUUCCAAGAGGAACAAAACAGGGAAUGGUCCCUGCAACAGCAAAAGGAAUGGAUGAUUGGUCGGGAGAACCAAAAAUGUGCAGAGGAGCUCUACUUGAAGACAAGGCUGCAGUUUGACGAGACAGCCAAGCAUUUACAGAAUCUGGAAACCGCCACCCGGAAGGCGGUUUGUGCAACUGUGAAAGAAUUCAACAAGAACCAGGCCCUGGAGUCAGCGGAAAGGAAAAUUCAAGAGAGAAAACAAGAACAGGAGGACAACCUAGCAGAGAUCUCCAACCUACUGCGCGGAGACCUGCUCUCGGAGAACCCGCAGCAGGCAGCCAGCUCCUUCGGGCCGCAUCGCGUGGUGCCCGACCGCUGGAAGGGCAUGAGCCAGGAGCAGCUGGAGGAGAUCCGCCUGGUGCAGAAACAGCAAGUCCAGGAGAAGCUGAGGCUCCAGGAGGAACAGCGCCAGCGAGACAUGGACUGGGACCGGCGGAGGAUUCAGAAGGCUCGCGCCGCCUUGUUGUUUGAGCGGCAGCAGCGGCGCCAGCAGCGUGGCCUGCGAAGGGCCCUGGACUGCAGCAACCUCAGCCUGGCCAGGGAGCAGCUUCUGCAGAAAAAACAUAUGAAGGAACUCUGUACCAAUCAUGCCACUGAAGAUUAUUUCACACAAUUUAAUACAGGAAGUCGAUAA